AUGCUUUCAGGAAUAGCGAAAGUAUGUCUCGAGGAAGGUAACAAAGAAUACAGAAAAGGAGAAGCUAAUAACGCGAUAAACUCCUACACGGAAGGACUUCAAGUCAACUGCAACGAUACACGGCUGAACGCCAAGCUUUACAGCAACAGGGCAGCAGCUCAUUUCCAUUUAGGUAACAAUUUCAUAUUUAAACAUAUAAAUCUCUCCUGCAGCGUUACAAGAUAACGGAAUAUAUAAUCUCCAUCAAGAAAAGGAAAAAAUUGAGCAACUGCAGAAAAGAGCAUAGAAAGAGAUAUCACCCUUUAGCAGAUCAAAAUUAAGCAAAGAAAUGAUCCUCGUAAAUGGAGUGCAAUUUAUGCAAUUGUAAUUUUUUUCAGGCGUCUUUGCUGCAAUUGCAUGUGAUGACCGUUUUUUUAAACCUUAUUGAAUUUCACAGCAAACUACGUGAAAUGUCUGGAUGACGCAACAGUUGCUGUUCAAUUGGAACCCGUUUUGAUCAAAGCUAUUAAGAAAGGUGGGUUU